CAAUGAGAAAUCUCAUCACAUUUAAAUAUCGCGAGAUCUUGUUGCAUGAGAUUUUUUCACAUCCCUAUUAGUAUAUAAUAUAAAUUAAUAAUUAAUAUUUAUUAAUUAUUAUAUUAAUAGUUGUUGAUAUUUGGAUUGUUAUUAAUGAUAAUAAUAAUUUUUUGAAACUAUUAUACAUAUUACAGGUAAUUUCCCUCCUCCCACUACUCCUGAGGAGCUGGGCGCUCGUAUCCUGAUCCAGGAGCGCUAUGAGAAGUUUGGAAAGAGUGAGGAAAUGGAGAUGGAGGUUCAGAGUGAAGAUGAAGAGGAUGAGAGAGAGGGCAGGGAGGUAGGACAUGCUGCUCAGUUAGACCAGGACACAGCUGCAGGACAUGGACGAGGGCUCUGAUGAAGAGGAUGAUGGCAUGAAGGCUCCUCUACCCCUUGAUAACCCUGUGCCACUACCUCUGCCCCCCACCCCGGACCAGGUUAUCAUCCGCAAAGACUAUGACCCCAAGGCCUCUAAACCUCUGCCUCCUGUGGUCGCCCGUGGAGAGUACCUCAUCUCUCCCAUCACUGGUGAGAAGAUUCCAGCCAAUAAGAUGCAGGAGCACAUGUGCAUCGGCCUGCUGGGCCCCCGCUGGCUGGAGCAGUCAUAG